AUGAUAGAAUUUACUUUAAUACAUGCAAAUGAUCAAACUGAUGACUGCAAGAACAUAACUAGCACUGAAUUAACCUCGAUGGAAGUUACUCAUAUACAGACAAAUAAGCUAGAAGAUGUAAAUGAUUCUGAAAUGGAAAUUAAAUAUUUAAAUAUGCUAUGCAAAAGAAAUUUUAUAGAAAAAGAUAGUGAUAGCAGUUUGGUAGAAAACGAACAGGAUGCAGGAAAAAGACAACUAAAUGAAACUGAAACAGGUGGAGACCAAAAUUCAGACAAAAAGCCAAGAUAUACAAAUACAUAUAGAAAACUAAACAAGCAUAAUUGUAAAAACAUGGAGAACAAACCCAGUUCAAGUACUAGCUUUAGAUCUAUAGUACAACCAAAAAGAAGACUUUUUGUUAUAAAUAUGAAUAGGAAAGCAGAAAGUAGCAAUACUUAUAAUACAGGCAAAUCAAAAUUAGCCGAACACAAAAUUCCAGAAUUGCAGAAAUUUGAUACCAACAACACUGUACCUGUUUCACAGCCACCAAUAUAUAUUAAUACUAA